AUGCAGAAAUUGGUCUCUUCUGCCUUCAAGUCAUCCUGGAGACCAAAGCACACGCUGUCUUCCUAUUCCCGACCUGUUACGAACAAUUUCUCAUCACUUAUUCGACAAAAUUCGGCGUUGGCUGAAAAUGACGCUCGGUCUCAAGACCAGCACGAGACAGAGUCGUUGUGCGAACAUCCGCCUAGACUACCCGCUACCCAGAAAAGUGUCCCAAGAGUGCCUGCGAAGGGCAAAAACCGGCAAGAGCCCCCGACUACAGUCGUAGUGCACCAUCUCGACCCCGCAUGGGACGAGCGAUAUCUCUACGAGCAGCUCAAGCAGUUUGGCGACAUCAACGGGCUGUGGAUCAAGCGCGCGCGCACGGGCGAGAGUCGCGGAAUUGCGCUCGUCAACUUCACCUCCCGCGAAGCCGUGCGGCACCUCAUCCACUCAAGACCGCGGCGGCCCGUGUUCGUGGAUGGCCACCUCUUGAAACUGGAUUGGUCCCGUUCCCAGCGCAGGGGUCAGCAAGCCCAGUGGCUCGUAGUCCUCAACCUACCGGACGGCAUGCGGCCGAAGGAAGUCGUGGAGGCUUUCGCGCCCUUCCAUCCGAUACAACUUGAGCUGCAUCACAGAGAAGAGCUGGGGGCGUUCGGUCGCAUCCGGUUCCCCACUGUCGCCCUCGCCCAGCGCGCGUUCUUGGCGUGCAAGGACAGCCCGCUGUACAUCCGCGGCUCCAAAAUGCACGUCGCGCCGGACGGCUGGAUCCCGCCGCUGCCCGGCCAUACCACCGUGCUCGUGGCCAACAUCCACCAUAGCGCGAGCGAGCGCCUCCUCCGUACGGUUUUCGCAAAAUACGGGACGGUCGUGGACGCACAGCUGCUGUCGCGGACCAUCCCCACUCAGGAUCUGCGCGCUCGUGUCCGCUUUGACACUGCGAGCGCCGCGCUCGACGUGGUCCGCGCAUGCGACAGCCCGAACGGGCCCUCGGUCUUGGGGAUGAAGCUUGCUGGCACGCUUGCGCCUGAGCAACCAUAG